GGGUAAAAUCCAAGAUGGCUGCGUGCAGUUAGUACCCGUGUGACCCCAGCGGAGAAGGUUCAGUUAUCUCCCGGAAGGCCACGUCUAGCCCUCCCUCUAGUGCUCGUGCGGUGUUGCAGGGGAGAGACGAGAGCAAUGGCAGGGAGCCUCUCUUGGGUGGCAGGCAGGGGCUUAUGGGGCCAGGUGCCGCUGGCCUGCAGAAGUUUCUUUCUGGGUGUUCCCAGAUUGUUUCAUGUAAGGGUCACCCUCCCGCCCCCCAAAGUGGUUGAUCGUUGGAACGAGAAGAGGGCGAUGUUCGGGGUAUAUGACAACAUCGGGAUCCUGGGAAACUUUGAAAAGCACCCCAAAGAAUUGAUCAAGGGCCCUGUGUGGCUUCGAGGCUGGAAGGGGAAUGAACUGCAGCGUUGUAUUCGAAAGAAGAGAAUGGUAGGAAAUCGGAUGUUCAUUGAUGACCUGCACAACCUGAACAAACGCAUCAGCUUUCUCUACAAACGCUUUAAUCGACAUGGGAAGCACCGGUAGAAGAAAAAGCUGGGAGCUGUGGAAGAGGCAUGUCUAUCACCAGAGAGAUGGGAAAAGGACUUUUCCUUAUGAGGAAGGGGGUUUGGAUGCUGUCAGUGAUAAUGCAGGAUUCCUUUGUAAUCCAUUAUCCACAACUUUAGUUUCCUGUAAAUGCUGGUUUUACUCAUUCAUGCAAGGAGGAGGUGGAACUCAUCCCUAAGUCUUACAGUUUUAGCUUUGGACUUCAUUACUUGCCCUUGCAGUCUAGCCAUACCUGUAGUGUUUAAAAAGUAAAAAAAUCAUUGUUGGCCCUUUUGAUGUUUGGCCUUUCAUAUAUUGAAAGUGGUCAUUUUAAACUGUCCCAUGGGGACUUCCCUGGUGGUCCAGUGGCUAAGACUCUGCACUCCCAACACAGGGAGCUCCAGGUUUGAUCCCUGGUCAGGGAACUAGGUCCCACAUGCUGCAAUUUAGACCCAGACCAGUUAAAUAAACAUUAAAAAAAAAAAAAAAAAAAACCUUAAAAAAAAAAUAAACUGUCCCAUGAUGACAUGUUAAAUGUAUUUUUAAAAACUUUUCUGCACUGGAAUGAAAUGUCAUAGAAAAAUAGUUGUACUUUUACACUAUUCUUGUCAAAAAAUAUUUAUCGAGUACCUUUUCUGAGAUGAGAACUAUAGGAAAAACAGUAUAAAAUAUUCUCCCCCCAUGUUUUUCUAGUUACGGGUAUAAAGUUAUAGUCUCAUAUGUACACUUUAAUAUGAGGCCUUAAGUACCAUAUGAGUGGUUCCUAAGCCUUAUUGAUCAUCAGAAUCUCUGCAUAGUUAAACAGUUUAAAAAGUAGUCCCUGCCCCCAAAGACUGUGAUCUUACAACUGAGCUGAGUCUUAAGUCUUUUUGGUUUGUUUUUUUUUUAAUAAUUAAAAUGUAUCCAUCUAUAUAGGCAGAUAGUUCAAAAUUGUAAAAUUAUAAGAGUAAGAUGAAAAGUU